AGCAGCCCUGCACCACACACAGUUCAGCUAGCAGAUCACCUAGCUAGAUAGCUGCCUCUAUCACAGUAUAUUUGCUCCCUGCAACUUGCUGCUGCUGCAAUAGCUAGCAGCUGCAGCUAGUAAGCAAAACUAUAAACCUUCAGGGUUUUUUGCAAGAUCGAUGGCCGGAAGUGGCAGGGACAGGGACCCUCUUGUGGUUGGUAGGGUUGUGGGUGAUGUGCUGGACGCGUUCGUCCGGAGCACCAACCUCAAGGUCACCUAUGGCUCCAAGACCGUGUCCAAUGGCUGCGAGCUCAAGCCGUCCAUGGUCACCCACCAGCCUAGGGUCGAGGUCGGCGGCAAUGACAUGAGGACAUUCUACACCCUUGUGAUGGUAGACCCAGAUGCACCAAGCCCAAGUGACCCUAACCUUAGGGAGUAUCUACAUUGGUUGGUCACUGAUAUUCCUGGUACUACUGCAGCGUCAUUUGGGCAAGAGGUGAUGUGCUACGAGAGCCCAAGGCCAACCAUGGGGAUCCACCGGCUGGUGUUCGUGCUGUUCCAGCAGCUGGGGCGUCAGACAGUGUACGCGCCCGGGUGGCGUCAGAACUUCAACACCAAGGACUUCGCCGAGCUCUACAACCUCGGCUCGCCGGUCGCCGCCGUCUACUUCAACUGCCAGCGCGAGGCAGGCUCCGGCGGCAGGAGGGUCUACCCCUAGCUAACGAUGAUCCCGAUCGAUCUGCUGCAUGCUCACUAUCAUCAUCCAGCAUGCUAUACAUUGCAGGUUCAGACAAUUGAAAUGAUUCUCGACACACAACAUAUA